CUCCCUUCUCCCUCUUUCUCCAUCUCCCCCUCGUCUGCAAAGUCUCCGCUGCUGGGAACUUGUUGGCAAUGCCUGUUUUUCAGCUUUCCCCCACGUUUUCCAAAGUAACUAUUUAAAGAUCUGCAGUCGCAAAUGGUUUUACUAAAUGUAGGAUGGGACUUAAGUUGAACGGCAGAUAUAUUUCUCUGCUCCUUGCUGUACAGAUAGCGUACCUGGUGCAGGCGGUGAAAGCAGCGGGGAAGUGCGAUGCGGUCUUUAGGGGCUUCUCGGACUGUUUGCUCAGGCUGGGCGAUAACAUGGCCAACUACCCGCAGGACCUGGACGACAAGAGAAAUCUCCAAACGAUCUGCUCGUACUGGGAUGAUUUCCACUCCUGCACCCUCACAGCCCUCACGGAUUGCCAGGAAGGCGCGACAGAUCUUUGGGAAAAACUGAAAAAGGAAUCCAAAAACCUCGAUUUUCAAGGCAGCUUAUUUGAACUAUGCGGAGGAAGCAACGGGUCAGCUCCUUCCUUACUCCUCCCUGCCUUCCCCCUGCUCCUGCUGGCUCUCUCUGCAGCGUUAGCGACCUGGUUCUCCUUCUAGGAGGUCUCUCCUGGUAGAACACACAUACCCACCCCCCCACCACACACUCUCCAUAUACUGGAUUUAUAGCGGAAGUGUCCAUCCGUUUUUUGGGGACCGUUGUGAUUAUCUGUGAUGAUGAAACAUCCAUAUAGGAUUGUGGAAACGUUCUCUCUUUAUUUUGUGUUUUAUUUGCCAAAUGUUACCAAACAAUGAGCAACAAACAGCCAAAAUCGGACCUCAGCUUUAGUGUCUCUUCAAAUAAAAAUAGCAAACCCGAGCCCUUUGUGCAAAAGAAUCUCAGGAACGGCUUUGGGCCACCUAAUAUUAAUAAUCUUAAUAAAUAAUAAUAAUAACAACAACAACAACAACAAAAGAUGGGCUCUUCUUAUAAUAUGAACGAAAACGAUGAGUUGAGAAAAAAGGCACUGGAAAUGAAUCCAAGAUUGAUAUCCACGUGUGAAGCAUAUGGUGAAUAACUCACAAUCUAUCAUCUUUCCUCCACAGUCGCUUGUUUUUGGUCAUUCCACUGCAAAAAAAAGUUUUUUCCUCGAGGGGAAAAAAAGAAAGAAAUGGACAGUUAAAAAAAAAGGAAGGCAGGAAAGAGAUUGUAUCUAAUGACUGAAGGAUUGAAUGCUGCUAAGAUUGCUGAGAGUUUAGCUUUACUUGGUGUUGUCAAAGCAUCUUUCCGAGUUCACUGCCUUUAAUUUCCCUCCUCCUCUCUUGUUUUAGAUGUUACACAUACAGUAAAAUACCUGAAUAUCCAACAGUAUAGAUCACAAAAAGGGGGCUUAAAUGUAAACCUAAAAAUACAGCAUAUUGAUUUUGACAAAAAAGAACCUUGAUUUUAAAAGAAAAGAUGUAAUUUAAAAAGAGUUUAUUAUAAAGCCAAUUCAGCAAAAAAA